AUGAGGGAUGCGUCGCCUCAGCACAAGAGCCCAGUGGCGAACUGGGAUCAGGAGCCGCCGACAAAAAAGAGGCGGAGUGAAGGCAGGCCGGAGACAAGGAGUGAUAAGGCGGAGCAAGCGAAAGAGCUGCAUACGUCGAAGCCGUCUGCGUUGUUCAAGCCCGUCAAGGGAAGAGAUUGGACGCUGAGUAUUGCUGUCCCGGGAAGCAUCAUUGCGAACGUCCAGAAGCCCGACCUCAAGACUCUCCUGGCGGGACGUAUUGCCCGCGCUGCAGCCGUCUUUUGCGUUGAUGAGAUUGUGAUCUUCGAUGACGAUCCGUCCACCAUUCCCAACUACAUCGACACCAGGUACAGAGGCAGGAGCAAGAGCAAAGAAGACAUUCUAUCUUCGAUCGACGAAGCAGAUCAGCCUUGGCAGUAUCCGGACCUGUUCCUCUACCACGUUCUAAGCUACGCUGAAUGCCCGCCAUAUAUACGCAUGGACGCCAAGGACUCGAGAGUUAGCUUAUUCUUACAACACCAGAAUCUGAAAUGGGUGGGGCUUCUGCCGAGCCUGGACAUGCCGCAUCACAUGAAAAGCCAUGAGUGGUGUCAGUAUCGGGAGGGCGUGUCGCUAGGUCCGGCAAACCCCAAGUCUAUAUCUCCCUCGAAAUCGAAGCUCAAGAAGAGCAAGGCGAAACAGGAUGCUUCUAAUCAACAGCAAUGGACUUAUGUCAAAUGCGGCCUACCCUACCCGGUCAAGAUCCCAUUCAAACUUGACCCAGCAACGCGCGUUACACUCAAGUUCACAGAUGCAGUCGAACCACCUUCAUGGCCAAACCUUAGCAAAGAGGAAUGCGAGACCUUAGGAGUCGAUGCUGUCGCUCCUUCCGCACCGCGCGAAGAGGAGGGAUAUUACUGGGGCUACAACGUCCGCCGCGCCACGUCGCUCACAAACGUUCUCGCCGAGUGCGAAUUCGAAAACGGCUACGACGUCACAAUCGGCACUUCAGAACGUGGUGUACCUCUAACCUCCGUGCUCCCGGAUGCCAUCGCUCCUCGGUCUCCCAAGAAGCCAAAGGGCGUGGGGCAACUCCCAUCGGAGUUCAAGCACCUACUAAUAGUAUUCGGAGGUGUUGCUGGUCUUGAGCCGGCCGUGGCUUCCGAUCCUGAGUUGAGCGAGAAGGGUUUGACGAAGGAGACCGCGAGCGAGCUAUUCGAUGCUUGGGUUAAUCUGGUGCAGGGACAGGGGAGUCGGACGAUCCGCACUGAAGAGGCGGUCGAGUUUGGCUUGUUCGGCCUGAAGCCGUACGUGGAUUCUCUGUAUGAGUAG